AUGCAAAGGAACAACAAAACUUCAAAAAAUUUACAAAAAACAUACAACAGCCGGUGUUCGCUGAUGGUCACCCACUCAACUACUAAUCUGCCGGUUAGAGGCUUAUCUAUGGGGGAGCAGACGGGACCCCGAGUUCUCCUCUACCUAUGGUCGUAUGUGCUUGGAUGA